AUUAAAAAUAGUAAUAAAUAAAUAUAUAAAAUUAACUAACAACAGCAAUUUACGAUAAAUAUUGUCAAGCUCAUCACUUUCAUCAUCCUUCCAUUACCACUUUUCCUCCCAAUCUCAAACGUAAUCUUGAAAAAAAAGUUGGAUCAUUAUGCAAAAUUGAAAUUUUGGAAAGAAUCAGCGAUCGUGAACUGUGAAAAGUACAUUUGGGAUCGUUAUUUGCAAUAUCAAAUUUUCAUCGAUUUGUGUUGCGAUCAUGUCUGGGUGCCCGUCGUCGUCGUCGGGAUCGGAGGACGAGGAUGAAGGGAUCGACUCGUACAGGAAAGGAGGAUACCACGCCGUGAGGAUCGGCGACUCGUUCGCCGGCGGUCGGUAUAUCGCUCAGCAGAAGCUGGGCUGGGGUCAGUUCUCUACAGUUUGGCUUGCAUACGACACGCAAUCAUCUAAAUAUGUUGCCUUGAAGAUCCAAAAAAGCGCCCCACAAUUUGCUCAAGCUGCGGUUCAUGAAAUUGAGAUCCUUUCCUCUAUUGCUGCUGGUGAUCCCUCAAACAGUAAAUCCGUUGUGCAAUUAGUCGACCACUUUAAGCAUUCGGGCCCAAAUGGGCAGCAUUUGUGCAUGGUCCUCGAAUUCCUUGGUGACAGUUUACUCCGUCUCAUCAAGUACAACCGGUAUAAAGGUCUCGAAUUGAACAAAGUUCGAGAGAUAUGCAAAUGCAUUCUGACUGCUCUGGAUUACUUGCACGGAAAACUAGGAAUUAUACACACCGAUCUAAAACCUGAAAACAUUCUCCUAUGUUCCACAAUUAAUCCUUCAAAGGACCCAAUUAGGUCUGGGAUGAACCCCGUGCUCGAAAGGCCCGAGGGAAGCCCGAAUGGUGGAAUUACAACGAAUAGUAUCGAGAAAAAACUAAAACAAAGGGCGAGAAGAGCAGUUGCAAGGAUAUCAGAAAGGCGGGCUUCUGUGGGAGGGGUAGGUGUGGUUCCAAAGCCUUCUCGGUGUUUGGAUGGGAUUGACUUGAAAUGUAAGGUUGUGGAUUUUGGGAAUGCGUGUUGGGCAGAUCGGCCGAUUGCUGAAGAAAUUCAAACGAGGCAAUACAGGGCUCCAGAAGUUAUCCUUAAUUCCGGUUAUUCUUUUCCUGCUGAUAUGUGGUCCUUUGCUUGCACGGCUUUCGAACUUGCAACUGGCGAGAUGAUGUUUACUCCGAAGAGUGGACAAGGCUUCAGUGAGGAUGAGUUGAUUUGUGAUAUGAGUGUGCUUUUGCAGGAUCACCUAGCUUUGAUGAUGGAGCUCCUUGGAAAGAUGCCACGAAAGAUCGCCAUAGGCGGGGCUCGAUCCAAAGAUUACUUUGAUAAAUAUGGUGACUUGAAGAGGAUUCGAAGGUUGAAAUACGGGUCUGUCGAUCGGCUGCUCGUUGAUAAGUAUAAAUUUUCUGAUGCCGGUGCUCGUGAGUUUGCGGCUUUUCUUUGUCCCAUACUCAAUUUCGAGCCUGAAAAGCGGCCGACUGCCCAACAAUGCCUGCAACACCCAUGGCUCAAUAUCGAUAAUCAGACGCAUGAUGAAGUAAAGAGUGAAUCUAGCGUUGAGAAGGUGAAUGUUGGCAUGACCAACCUGCAAAUUAAGUUGCGCAAGUAAAUGCUAGGAAUGGAAUGAAAAGUUUUCCACUUGUUUUUCUUGAGUUUUUGUUUGUGGUUAAUUUUUUGGGAUUUGUUUUUUUUCCAAAGUCUUGGUAGAUUUUUUUGAUUUGCUGACCGGCUAAGAGGUAUAUUAGCAAUGUGUAUAGCAAGGACAUUCAAACGGUAGCAC